AAAAGCCAACAGUUGUCCCUGAAUUGGCUGCUUCUCAAACAGGGUACAUAACAAGGUCUUCAGCAUUCACAUCCCCAGAACCCCCCAUGCAGGAGGCUGUCGCUAACAAAACCCUCCCAGAGGCCAAAGGAAACGGGAGCAGAGAGAGGAGAACACGAAGGAGAAAGACGGUUGGCCGUCUACCAAGACGCGAAACAGCCCCAGCUUAGAGAUAUAUAACGUGAUUAAAACCCAGGGGGAAGCUGAUCUUGGUGGAACGAGACCACAAACCCAGAACUCCUCUUUCCGUGUCCGUCUCGGAGGAGAAGACCCCUGUGGAGACUAUGACAAUAUGGUGGUCAACAACUCCGAGAGUGGCUUCGUGACCUUGGCGAGCACCGAAAGCGGGUUUGUCACCAACGACAUCUAUGAACUCUGCCAUGACCGAGUGGGGCCAAGCAAAGAAUCCGCUUGGGUAGAAAAUGAAAUUUACGGAUAUUGAAGAGCCGGUGGUGAGAGACGGAUUCAAGAUGGGGAAUGUUCCCAUCGAUACAAACUUUAGCAUACAAAAACAUGGCUGUUGCAUUGAGGGGGGGGUUCUUUUCCUCCCUGAAAGGGGCACAUGGAUCUAAACAAAUUGAUUGAUUGAUUGGU